ACCGUGACCUAUUAAGAAGAUUGUUGAUUCAUGUUGUAAGUGCCAAGUGGCAGCUAUCUGAGUCGACAUUGUAUAAAACUAAUGUACAUCCCAAGCGACGCCCCAUCUUUUUAGGCCUGUUUUUUAUCUUCUCUUUUCCUUUUCUUUUACUGAUUCAUCUCUCAAAUUGAACAUUGAUCCCCAUCUUGAUCACAAACGCAAGCCGUCCUCAUUGAUUCACUCUGGUUUAACAAGCACAUCCAUCGUUACCCAUGGCCAAGAUCAAGAUUGGCAUCAAUGGAUUCGGAAGGAUUGGCCGGUUGGUGGCCAGAGUUGCUCUGCAGAGAGAUGACAUUGAACUCGUUGCCAUUAACGAUCCUUUCUUGACUGCUGAUCACAUGAGAUACAUGUUUAAGUACGACAGUGUUCAUGGGCAGUGGAAGCAUGGCGAGCUUAAGGUUAAGGAUGAAAGCACACUUCUCUUUGGUGAUAAGCCCGUUAAAGUUUUUGAUUCUAGUUCUUUACUUACCUUACCUGAUGAAAUCCCAUGGGGCGAUUCUGGUGCUGAAUUUGUCGUUGAGUCCUCCGGAGUUUACACAGAUCGGGAGAGAGCAUCUCACCACCUGAGGACUGGUGCAAAGAAAGUUAUCAUUUCUGCCCCAAGUGAUGAUGUUCCCAUGUUUGUUGUGGGUGUUAAUGAGAAGGACUACACUCCAGAUCUUAACGUUGUUUCAAAUGCAAGCUGCACUACUAACUGUCUUGCUCCACUGGCAAAGGUUAUCCACGAUAAAUUUGGUAUCAUAGAGGGUCUUAUGACCACUGUCCAUUCUAUUACUGCUACUCAAAAGACUGUUGAUAGUCCACUAAUGAAAGACUGGAGAGGUGGUAGAGCUGCUGGCCAUAACAUCAUUCCCACUAGUACUGGAGCUGCUGAGGGUGUUGGUAAAGUGCUGCCGGCACUAAAUGGGAAGUUGACAGGAAUGGCCUUCAGGGUUCCCACAGUUGAUGUUUCCGUGGUUGACCUCACAGUGAGACUUGAGAAGAAGGCUACUUAUGAUGAGAUUAAAAAUGCUAUCAAGGAAGAAUCUGAGGGUAACCUAAAGGGAAUCCUCGGAUAUAUGGACGAUGAUUUAGUGUCCACUGACUUUGUGGAUAACCACAGGUCAAGCAUUUUCGAUGCCAAGGCUGGAAUUGCUUUGAAUGACAACUUUGUGAAGCUUGUCGCGUGGUAUGACAAUGAAUGGGGUUACAGCUCACGAGUCAUCGACUUGAUCUGUCACAUGGCCACAGUUACAUGAACAAUGUCAAUUCCUUAAUCACAACUGCAGCUAGGUUUCGACCAUGGUUAAAACUGAUUCUUUGGAAUUUAUAGUUCAGCUGACUCCAGAGCGUUAGAGAUUUUGUUUGGGAUACUAUCUAAAUUGAGAUGCCUACAGUACCAUUCUUCUGUUGUUAAUCCAAGAUAGAAUGAAACACUUGCAAGGUAGCAUUUCUUGGAUUACUUGCCUACAGUCAUGAAUUUCUUACAUCAUCGUAAUAGACCCUUUACACUUCAUGUAGCCUGCACCUAAAAAUUGUGAGCAAAAACGAGGGAGAGAUUUUGGUUUGGUUUGGUUUGUUUUAGGAUUGCAUGUCCUUCUCCACAAAAUCACAGAUGAAUAGUAAUGAGAGACUGAGGGAGAUGAAUACACAUGAAAGCUGCCGAAAUACUAAGACAGUGUGAGGCGGUGUCUCAUCACAUUUGUCGUUGUUGUCUCAGGAGAGUCCAAGUUUGAAAACUAGAAAAUGAAUACAAAUAACCAGUCGGAAUAUAGGUAUUCCAAGAGUUCUGGCACCUUCAAAAUAUUGUGCAAGGGUUAAAACUUAAAAGUACAACCUUACACAUAAUCAGAACCAUUAAAAGUAAAAGAAAAAAAGUGGAUAUUUCAUGCAGUUUCCAAGGACCAGAUGCAAGCUUUUGAUGACCGAGUUUGAGGUGGUAUCGUACGUGGAAGCAUGUUACGAAGAAGAACAAUAAAGUAGCUCAUUGUUUAGCUCGUUCUGCAUUACGAUGUAAUGAGAGUUUGUACUGCCAUGAGGUUGGCCUCCCUCCUUGGCUUCAUGAUCUAGUAGAGGAAUUAUCUAUAUAUGUAAUGAUGUUCUGGGGACUGAAGCUUGAUGCUCUGCUAUUCUCAGCUGCUGUAGUACUUGAAUCAGUUUAACAAAUUCCUUCUUGAAUAAAAAAAA